GUUCUACUAGCUGUAAGUUGGUAGAAUCUAGGAAGCAGGGAUAUGGCUAAUACGGAAGAAAGUUACUACGGAAAAAAUGGUGAACCAAGGAAAUUUGACCCAAAAUUCAGCGGACCUAUUCAUAACAGGCAUUGUACAGACGUUCUCUGUUGUGUCAUCUUUGUUGUGGUCAUCCUGGGUUACAUUGCUUUAGGAAUCGUGGCUUGGGUACAUGGUGACCCCAGAAAAGUGGCUUAUCCAACUGACAGCUAUGGGCAGUUCUGUGGUCAAAAGGACACACCUAAUGAGAACAAGACAAUUUUGUUUUAUUUUAACAUUCUGAAAUGUGCCAGCCCUAUAGUGCUAAUAAACCUACAGUGCCCUACAACACAGCUUUGUGUCUCAAAGUGCCCAGACAGGUUUGCAACUUACAUAGAAAUGCAGUCUUCCUACAGGAGCUAUUGGGAGUACUAUAGACAAUUUUGCAAGCCUGGCUUUAAUAAACCACGGAAGUCUGUGACCCAAGUUAUGCGUGAUGAAGAUUGUCCUUCCAUGAUCAUUCCAAGUCGGCCUUUUCUUAAGAGAUGUUUUCCUGAUUUCUCCACUAAAAAUGGUGUUCUGACGGUGGCCAAUCAAACUACUUUCAAAGAUGGAAGAGGAAAGACAAGGAAUGUAACUGAUCUCAGGGAAGCUGCAAAUGGCAUCAAUAACGUUCUUGAUGCAAGAUCAGUUGGGAUGAAAAUUUUUGAAGACUAUGCCAGUUCUUGGUAUUGGAUUUUAAUAGGUCUGUUUAUUGCAAUGGUUGUCAGCUUGCUCUUCCUCAUCCUUUUGAGAUUCAUCGCAGGGGUUCUUUUCUGGAUUUUCAUCUUUGGUGUAAUUGGGAUUAUAGGAUAUGGUAUCUGGCAUUGCUACUGGGAAUAUCACCACCUUCGAGGAAUACCUGGCUCUGAUCUUACUAUCUAUGAUAUAGGAUUCCAAACAGACUUCAGGGUAUAUCUGCAACUGAGGCAAACAUGGUUAGCAUUUAUGGUACUGCUUUGCAUAGUGGAAGUUGUCAUUAUACUGAUGUUAAUAUUUCUGAGAAAUCGGAUCCGGAUUGCCAUUGCCCUUUUGAAGGAAGGUAGCAGGGCCAUUGGCUACAUCAUGUCUACACUGUUCUAUCCAAUCAUCACUUUUAUUCUCAUUGCAAUUUGCAUUUCUUACUGGGCUGUAACAGCUGUCUUCCUGGCUACAUCAGGGGAACCUGUGUACAAAGUCAUGGCUAAUCAGAGCCUGUGCAAGUAUGCAAAUCUGACCUGUUACCCAGAGACUUUCAACACAACUAAUGUAACCAAGCUAUGCCCAGGAGCCCAGUGCACCUUUGCUUUCUAUGGAGGAGAAAGCCUGUACCACAGAUACAUCUUAGUCCUUCAGAUCUUCAAUGUUUUUGUCUUUCUUUGGCUGGUCAAUUUUGCUAUUGCACUGGGCCAGUGUACUCUUGCUGGUGCCUUUGCCUCUUAUUACUGGGCUUUUAGGAAACCUGCUGACAUCCCAACAUGUCCUCUCUUUGCAUCAUUUGGACGAGCAAUACGAUAUCAUACAGGUUCCCUAGCAUUUGGCUCUUUAAUUCUUGCUGUAGUCCAAUUGAUUAGAGUAAUCCUGGAAUACCUGGAUCACAAACUAAAAGGCUCACAGAAUGCUUUUGCUAAGUUCCUGCUCUGCUGCCUCAAAUGCUGUUUUUGGUGCUUGGAAAAAUUCCUGAAAUUUAUCAACAGAAAUGCCUACAUCAUGAUUGCAAUAUAUGGUAAAAACUUUUGCACGUCAGCAAGGGAAGCUUUCUUUCUGCUCAUGAGAAAUGUGGUAAGAGUUGCAGUGCUGGAUAAAGUGACAGACUUCUUAUUAUUCCUGGGGAAAAUUCUUGUUGCUGGAGGUGUUGGUGUCCUAGCCUUCUUUUUCUUCACACACAGAAUACCGAUAUUCACACACGAAGCACCAUCACUGAAUUACUACUGGGUCCCACUCUUGACUGUCAUUAUAGGUUCUUACCUAGUUGCACAUGGAUUCUUCAGUGUCUAUGCAAUGUGUGUUGACACACUUUUCCUCUGCUUUUUGGAAGAUUUAGAAAGUCAGGAUGGCUCUUCUGCAAGACCUUAUUACAUGAGUAAAUCUCUGCUGAAGAUCCUGAACAAAAAGAACAUGCAAAUCAAGGGACAAUAGAAAAUGCCCACUGUCCUAUCCACACAGUCACAUUUGGUUUUGGUGCAUUGUUUCUUCAGUACGUUCGGGGUUUUUUUAUGCAUGUUUUAUACCAAAGCGAUUGUACGUGUGAAGCCAUCCAAGUCUAUAGUGACAUUAAUAUUUGAAUUCCAACAACAACAACUGAAUGGAACAAACAAACAAACAGAAAAACCAUGGGAGCAUUUUUUUAUAAAUAUACUGAGAUUUUCCCUCUCUUUUUUCCCCAUUUUGCCUUUAAUUCUUGUGGCUUAGAUGUUUUGGGGUGAAAGAUUUUAAAGUGUUGGCUGCUUUUUAAAAUAUAAAUAUAUAUAUAUAUGAAAAGAUGUGAAAUGUUCUACUGUUUCAGAUUAUCCUCUAAGUGAGUGAACAGUUUUUUUAUUUAAAAAAAUAACAAAGAAUGUGAAAAUUUCUCUAGAAACAAAGUUCGUAAAUACGCUUUUUCAGUAUAAAUGGUCAUAGAAUAUAUAAAUGUCUAUAGAUUGCAUUUAAUGUCUUGUCAGUUUCCUGGCUUGUCUGGUUGUGUGCUCCAUGACAAAGUGCCUUACUGGCUAUUGAUAUGAAGUUAACUUGCUUGUGUUUUGAAAUUUACAAGCACCAUUUGAGCCACAAACCUGCCAUUAUUUGACAUGAUAACAUUCUCAGCUUACUUGAAAUUUAUAGAGGCAAAACUGGUUAUUUGCUGCUCUGCAAAAUAUUUGCAGCUUCUAUAUUUUCCAACAGAAAGCAGCGAAAAAUGGCAUUCUCCAGAGCAGGACUGUGCAAAGCAGUGGUUGGGCUACAGCUCCUAUCAGCCCUAGCCAAUGUGGCCACUGGCAAGGACUGCUGGGAACUGCAGUCCAGCAACUUCUUUGGGAUUUUUCUGCCCCUGUUGGCCCUUCAUUUCAACAGGUAAUGCAGUCUGCAUCUAUGAGAGAUAUGCAAAAUGGUGGUGCAAUGGUGCUGCCUUCUUUUUUCACAUCUUUUUCCUUUAAUGUCCACAGACUAGAAGUAGGGUUGCCAGCUUUUCCACCAUUCAUUGUCAUGGUGGAACAGUGGUUUGUUCUGUUAGUUCCAGAAAAGCUUUGCUUACGGGUUUCUGAACAUCAAGUGGCUGUUAAAGUUCCAACAACAAAACUCCGUUAUAAGCUUGGCAACCCACUGUUGAGCUGCCACAUGAACUUUCAGAAAUAUUGCUUCUUUCUGGCCUUGUAAAUGUUUGCCGAGUACUUAUGUUUCUGUUGCUACAGGUGGCAAACACCAUGCUGUAGUUUCAGGAAUGAAUGUUAUAUUAUCAAUGCCAAUUAAGCCCUUUUAGUUUUAGUUCCCAAGCGCAAGUGGUCUUGUGUCCCUUUGGGAAUGGAAAUGCCUUUUCCUGCAUCACUCUCAUUGUAACCAGAAUUAACAACAACACUUAGGCUGCAUCCACACUGCAAGAUUAAUCCACUUUGACACCACUUUAACUGCCAUGGCUCAAUGCUAUGGAAAUCUGGGAAUUUUAGAAUUUUGGUGACACAACUAAGUAAAAUUCCCAGAAUUCCAUAGCACUGAACCAUGGCAGUUAAUGUGCUGUUGAACUGGAUUAUUUCUGCAGUGCAGAUGCAGCCCUAGUCAGUAAUACAUCAAUCCAUACGUAAGCCCCACUGAUUCAGUGGGUCUACUUUAGUCAGAAGUAUUUUAUGCCUUUGGGAGAGUGUGGGCAGCAUUGCCUGCAAUUGUAAAAUUCUUUCUCCAAAUUAGCUUCCAGUGAUAGCCCAAUAAUAUGUGGGGUGAUAUGAGGUUUGUUUUCAGAGCUGCAGCCUUACACUCCAGUCCUGAACACAUUUAUUUGGUUGUAAAUUACAGCUGAUUUCAGUGGUACUUAUUUCCAAGUAAGUAUUUCUUUAACUUUAAGUUAAGAUUAAGCCCAGCCUUGCUUAAGAUCAAAUCAAUGUUCCUUGUUAUUCACUAGAACUACAGUUUAAUUUUUUACAGCUACCAUCUACCUUCCUUGCACCUUCAUAUGCUGGUUAGCUGGUCAGAGGAGAUGGUGUCAUUCGUUUGUGUUAAGUUUUAUGUGACUAAGCCCUUGCUUCUUAAAUUAGGAAAAAAAUGGGAACAAGGAGAUGCAUACAACACUAGUGUAAAAUAUUUAUUGCUUUGUAAGCCCUUGUAAAAUGGAUGCUUCAUUUUUAAGACUCUUCUUAAAAUAAGAUUUUAUUUUAUAAAAGGAUGUUUAAUUUUCUAACUUUUGAUACUGAUUAUUGCUUCCCUUGUAAAAUGUUGGUAAUUUGCACUUCACGGUAAUAAAAAUAAAAACAUAAUGGAGUCUUCAGUUUUUGAGAUGUGUAACUAAUGGUACUAAUAGUGAUCAUUAAUGGUGUCUGUUCCUUUGUUUUGUUUUGCUUCUUUUUUUUUAAAGGUCCAUCAGCAUUUUAAAUAUGUAUUCAUAAAUUGCAUGGUGGCAAAAGAAAGACCUUGUCGGUUUCCCCUAUGAUCACGUUUUUAAUUUAGGCUGUCUGGUUUGGUGGGGAAGGAGUGGGUUGUGUCCAAACCAAAUUAAUGUGAGCACACAGCUGUCUGGGCUCUAAAACCUGUUUUUGCUUCUGCUGUGCAGAAAUGUUAGGAUCAUAUUGUUGAAAAUAUCUUUUUAGAACUAAAAUGUUUAAUAUUUAACACAAUUUGUUGUUACUUAUUGUUUUACAACUCUUGGGGUUUCUUCUAAUAA